AUGACGAGAUUUCAGCAUGAUCACAAUAAAUAUGAGGCAUGCAAAAACUACAAUUGUACCGAGAAUAAGUCAACCCCUUCUGCUUACGGCCCAACAGGGCGCAACAAUAAAAUCCCAUGUGUCAGGAUUGAUGUGCAACACGUACCUGUAAAGAUGUCUCCAAACACGGUAGAGCCUGAAUUAGGGACCCUAUGUCCGUUCCAGUUACGCUGGAAUGUCAAG